AAUAUUUUAAAUAUUAUUCUAAAAAAUUUAUUUUACGCACUGCACAUUUUAAUAUUAUGUCAACUACUAUUACAAUUAAUUCAAUAAAUAAUCCUGAAGAUCAAAUCCAACAAAUUUCUCUUAAUAAUCAAUCAACUAAUUCAACUAGAGGUGAACCUCCAGUUUAUUCUGAAGAUAAUAAUAAUAAUAAUCCUACAGCCUCAGUAAACAUUUCUUUACCAACAUCGGCAUACCUUUCCCCAAAUUCUCCUCCGCUUCCAAAUCUAUCAGCUAAUAUAUCAUCAGAAUCUCUUCCAUCUUACGAUAAAGUAAACAUUGAUAUGCCUCCUUCAUAUCCAAUUGAUAAUUUAAAAUUAGAUACUUUUGACUCUCCUUAUGAUUUGGUUCCAAUUGAACCUCAAAAUCCUUGGCCUAUCUCUAAAAAACUUUAUAUUAUUGGUUUUUUAAUAUGGCCUUUAUGGUAUAUUGGUAUUCCUUUUUGUUUCUUUGGGAAAGAUCGGGAAACUAGACGAUGGGGACAAAGAUGCAUUUAUAAUGCGAUCAUUAUUAGUUUUGUAUUUUGUUAUCUCAUCAUUUCUUACAGAAAUAGUGUUAUAAAUUAAUUGAAAUGGAGUGCAAGAAUAUUCGUUAAUUUUGGGGUUUCUGGUACACACACACACAUAUAUAUAUAUACAGCGUAUAUAUAUAUAUUAUAUAUAUUUAUUAAAAAAGAACACUAUUUUUUUUUUUAUCCCUAUUUUUCUUUACUAGAAGCCCAAUUUAUCAUCCACAUGCUGUAUUUUUUUCAAAUCAAAAAAUUUUAAAUUUCAAAUUUUUUAUCCUCAAAAAUGUAAAUAUUUUAAUCACAAAUUUUUUUUUUUUUUUCUUAUUUUAU